GAGGUAGGUUAUCGGUGGCAGGUCAAGCGUCACACAAAGCCAUCACAUGCGUGCCGUGUUGGACACUGACGGUAGACGUGUACACAGCAGCAAGGGGUGGACAGAAUAGGAUCUUAGCGGACAUUCAUUAUACUGUACUCUGCUUCACCAUGGACAUCUGUGACUCGUCCGAUGACGAUGACCAACUUAACAUACAAGCAGGAAACAACAAUAAAACGGUGGUGUACACAAGAAAUGGAAUAAUUAACUGUCGUCAAAUGGGACCCCAAAACACCAUAGUGUUGGAUACGAACAGAAUACAUGAAUUGCCUCAAGGCACAGAAGUAAAAAUGAGUCUCGUGAUCCGUAAAGUAUCCGUUGACACAGUGGAGGUACACAUAACCAGCGAAAAUGCUGCUACCGAGGAUCGCUUGACCGAAGUAGGCAACAAACGUGGAGUGUGGGACAAUUUGCGACAGUUCUUCAGCACACUAUAUGCUGGACUGGAGCGGAUAUAUCGGGGGAGUGUGGUGAUGAAACUCCGGGUGACAGACUCCAACUUCCUCCAUUGUAUCGAGAAGGCAGCCAAGGAAGGUCGACUGAAUGAACUCAUCCUGGAUCUCCUUCAAGAAGAGGGCGUUUUCGACACGAUUAAAGGUCAAAAGGUGGAGAUAACUGUUGAAGUCAGGAUUCCGGAAGACCAGUAUGAGGAAAUGUCAAAAGAGAUGGAAAGAAAGAAAGAGUUCGCCCGUGAACUUGUGGAGAAUCUUUUGGACAGUUCACGCAACGAAGAGGUCGUACAGCACCAGUCUGUUAAAGGGCUUAAAGACGUAGCUAUAGAGGUGGCAACAGUUGGGAAUAACCUGAACAGAGCUAUGGUUGGAGGGGCUGUUCUUGGCACGGCUGCUCUUGGCACGGCUGUAUUGAUUGCCGCUCCCUUCACGUUUGGAGCAUCCCUAGCCUUGGGAGCUGCUUCUAUAGUAGCGCUCAUUGCUGCAUUCUUGUUGUCAAUUAAGAAAAGUCAGGUACAACACGGUGCACAAGAGAGCUUGGAGGCAUACACCAGAGCAGUGGAGUUACUGGAGAGAAAUAUUUCCAUCCUGAAGAAGCAGGAUGAUGUCAUGAAAGAAUUGGUGGAAAGCGCAGUUGUUGAACGUCUGAAAGUCAAGCCAGUACAGAUAUCAGAUAUGAUGAUAUCUCUCGGACAAUCCGCAAAGUCCGCUUCAAAGAUGGUUUUCAACAUCAACGGGCAGGAAAUCCCUAUGGAUAAACUGAAUUUAUACGAGUUCAUUUCAGAAAAUGUGCUAAAUAAAAGGCGUCCCCCUUCAGUGGUAAAAGACGAUAUCUGGGACAUGGCUCGACAAAUAGAAAGAAAGUACGUGGAUCCCUUUCGCCGACUGUUACAAGUACAUUGAUGGACAUUAGUGUUGCCUACCAAUAUACAAUAUUCAUCAAUAUACAGUAAAUUGUAACAUAUGUCCGAAUGAAGCUCCAAAUCCAGUUUAAAGACAAUACAGAAAAGUUAUUUUUCAAGAAGAUCAACAAGUAAACUGCAAACUAUGGGAUAUUAGAGUAUGUUUGUGACUGUACCUUGUAUUACACGGGGCCGACAUAGAGCAGAGGAUUUGGGAUUCGACAAAAGAGAUGGUACUUUUUAUAACCCUGCCAGCCACUUAACACUAAGUGGAUUAAACACUUGUCGGAGUGAGUAUGGUGUGCCUUAGUGAGGCAGCCAUGUUACGCUGGGGAAUUAUUAACCAUGAUAAACCAGUUUUUGUUUGGACUAGUGCAUUUCCCAUUUCUAACUUAUUGUACUUUCUUUUGUGAUGUCGUUCAAAUUGUGAUUUACUAUAUAGCGCAAAAAACAACCACUAAGUGGGUGCUCCGGUGGUACGAAGUAAUGUUGGGGUAGAGUUAAUAGUGUAGUGAAAAGAGAUGCGUUUAUGAUGUGAUUUGAAGUUAAGGGGCAGUUCAUUCCACAGCGAUGGAACACACACACUGAAAGAACCCUUUCCACAAGAGGCCCAUCUAUAAGAGUUUUCAAUAAGAAUUUGCUUUCAGAUCGCAGUUGUCUGAAUGAUUUGUAGGAGGUUAGCAGUUCCAGUUGAGGUGAGGAUAGUGUUUAAAGUACUCUGCAUCAGUCUAAAUGGCAUGACCCCAAAUCUCUUUAAAGCUUGAUGUUGCUGAGUUGACAUUGUUAUUGCUGGUUUUAUGUCCAAUAACUCUUUUAAACUUGAUGUUGCUCAGCUGACAUUGUUAUUGCUGGUUUUAUGUCCAAUAUCUC